AACCAUAACCGCCGCUAAACAUGGUUUUCCGCCUUUAGUUUAUGUCCCAAACAGGAUGCAGCAACAUGAACGCGGCACUUUCAGGAGCCACAAGCGAAUGUUCCUUCACAUUCCAUAUGGAAAACUCUCGUUGUUAAGUUACGACGAUGCCGCUGUUGUUCUUACUACUUCUGCUCAAUACCCGUUUUGGAGGAUUUAACGGCAUCGAAUAUGAAACAAUGUGCACUUCGAAUGUUUGCUUUACUCUACACUUGGACAAGGUGAGCUUUGACAAGGCCGGUCAGAGCUGUUUCCACAAUGGAGGGUACCUGAUGACGGUCAGGAACGAAGAAGAAGACCAUCAUAUCCAUUCUUUGAUCUCCUUGAUCCAGAAGGAGAAGCAAUUCAAGUUUUGGAUCGGAUUAAAACUUCACAAAGGCGACUGCGUUUUAGCUGACAAACCUCUCAGAGGAUUCAAGUGGACAUCCGGUGAAGAAGAUUCCCGCUUCUCCAACUGGGAUAAAGAACCCGUGGACACAUGUACUGAACGAUGUGUGCAUGUUAGCUACAAUCCGAAAAAUCGGAAUAUUCUGAAAUGGACUGCCGGAGCUUGCAAGACUCCUUCUUUUUACAUGUGUAAGUUUUACUUCCAAGGAAUGUGCGGAUCUCUGCUUCUGUCGGGAUCUGGAGAUAUAUCAUACACGGCUCCUUUCUCCGAGGAACCCUUGCAAAAUGAGAUCAAAUCCUUACCAAUCGGAACGUACGCGAAAAUCACAUGUGCCGAUCGGGAAUCUCACUUUUCUGUUUGUAUGCUGAGUGAUGAUAAAUACCAGUGGAACGUCGGAGGUCCGUUCUGUAAGGCAGAUCCCGGAAAAUGUGCUUCCGAUAACGGCGGAUGUGAACAUCUGUGCCAGGAGGACUCGGAUCAGGUUCGAUGCCUCUGUAAGCAAGGUUACACAAUCGAGGAAAACGGGUUUUCUUGUAAGUUACAAGACGUGUGCAACGUGGAAUUUUGUGAACACGACUGCAUCCUGGGAGAAUCCGGAUUUUCCUGCGAUUGUCCCGUCGGAUUCAAAUUGGAAGCAAAUCAGCGGAAUUGCUCGGAUAUCGACGAGUGCCAACUCCCACAUGUUUGCGCUAAUCGUUUGUGUGUUAACACACACGGAAGCUACACGUGUGCAUGUCGGGAAGGUUUCCAAAUGUUCCGAGGUGAUUGUCUCGAUUCGGAUGAGUGUGUGAAUUCCCGAUGUGAACACGGUUGCUUGAACACGAUGGGAUCGUUUUCCUGCUACUGCGAGGAUGGCUUUACUUUAUCCGAGGAUGGCUACUCUUGCGCGGACGUCAACGAAUGCGCCACGGAACGCUGUCAAUUCCGAUGUGUCAACACCGAAGGAAGUUUCAGUUGCGUAUGCCCGGCGGGGUUCCAUUCGGAUGCGAUUGGAAUGGAUUGCGUUCCGGAUAUCACUGACGCACCGUUAAAUGACGCAACGCAAGUAAACAUCGCCGAAACUGAACCCACGGUGACACAGGAACGCCGACGAGUGUCCACGCCCCUUCCACGUUUGGAGACCGUCACGCCAAUUAAUGCGUCCUCGGCAUCGAGCGCUAAAGUCGUCAACUCCAGAGUGCUUAUCUGUGUCCUGGGAUCGGUGAUUCCGUUGCUGAUGUUAGUCGCCGCGACGUUAGGUAUUGCCGUUGUUCGAUGUCAUCGAGCUAGAAAAGAAGCAAAGAAAACGACAACAGACACUUAUUGUUGGGUGGCCUCGGGUUUGGAUCCACGCUUGGAGAAAUUUUACGAAUCCAUCUUGACUGAUGAUUUAUGACCCGAUGGACGGAAUUGCUUUUGUGUAUAAUUCAUCUUCAAGCAUAUUUAUGUAAUUUAUAUUUAAGGUUCGACUGUAUAAACGUCA